GGGAAAGCCACGUUUACGAAUCUGAAGACUGAAGUCUGCAGUGCAACUUGGAGAACUACAGGAAAAGUACGGAAGACGGACUAGAUAGCUAGCUAGCUAAACCAUAUUAGCGUAAAUUUUAGAACAGCUGACAUGUCCUCGCCGCCUAAAGAGAAAAUAGAAACAAAAGCUGGACACCUUCCUGCUGUGAAGGCAGGUGGGAUGAGGAUAGUCCAGAAACACCAGGGAACCGGUGAACCUCCGCAGAAGGACAAGGACAGCAAAGAGUUCGAGAGUAGUAGCCCACCGAAGCCAACUGUUGUGGUCUCAGGAGUAGUCACAAAGGGGGACAAGGACUUCCCACCUGCAGCUGCUCAGGUGGCCCAUCAGAAACCCCAGCCUUCUGUUGAAAAGCUUCACCAGGGUCCCCAUAUCAAUCAGCACAUCCACCAGCCCCGCAAGUGAGCCCCUCCUCUCCAGCUCCAUCAGCACUGUCGCCAUGGUGCACCAGCAAAUACCACACCAAUCACCCACCAGCACUCAGGUUACCAGGGAGACUGAGACAGGAUGCAGCACAGCACCAGGAAGUGUGUGCUUGCCAUGAAAUCACGCGAGAAGAAUGGAUCGUCAUCCUUGUUUCCUUUGUGCUCUUGAUUACAAAGAUCCAUUUCAGGUUUAAAUGAGAAAAUCUGCCAAAGACAAA